CCCUGCUCUCCCUGUGCAGGACUUGACAUCAAGAUCCAUGACUUGGGCAAGACAAUCACUUCAUACAAGACCUGCACUCAGAGAUCCCUCCUCACUAUUGUUCAACUGCAGGCUCUCAUUGAUGAGCACAACAAUGAACUCAAUCAAUGGAAAUUCAAGUCUCUCAAUGAUACCAGAAGAAUCAGCCAUACUCUUGAUACCCUCAAUAUGCAUUCAACACUCAUUAUGGCACUUUCGCAGUCAGAUGCCCCUUGGCUUCAUCACAUACUUCACACUCUCCACAUGAAUGGUGCCAGCAUUUGCACAAUUCUUUGCCAGAUCAAAGACACUAUCACAAAUGGGUACAGGCCUCAUAGCUACAAUCAAGACAAACUUGACAUUGCACUACUU